AAGCAACUAAAACUGCAACCCCUCUCCAUGGACUUGCAUCUGAAGCAAUGGAGAAACCAGCAUGAGUCAGAGCGACAACCUUCUGCAAAGAUACCAAAACUUCUAUUUGACCAUCACCACCAACAGCCAUCAUCUGAGCCAUCUGCUCUCCCCUUGUUGGUAUCUGAUUCCAAGACCAAAAUCAGCGGCGACCUGUCAGCAACACCUCUUCCAGAUUCCAACACCAGAAUGGGAAGCUAUUUCAGCUUGGCUCAGUGGCAGGAACUGGAGUUGCAAGCUUUGAUCUAUAGAUACAUGUUGGCCGGUGCUGCUGUUCCUUCUGAACUCCUUCAACCAAUCAAAAAAAGCCUUCUUUAUUCUGCUACGUAUUUCCUUCAUCACCCCUACUCCCAUUACCAGCCAGCUUUGUUGGCAUCAGGGUACUGGGGAAGAGCAGAAAUGGACCCGGAGCCUGGCCGGUGCCGGAGAACUGACGGUAAGAAGUGGAGGUGCUCUAGGGACGUGGUGACCGGAAAAAAGUAUUGCGAGCGCCAUGUGCACCGUGGCCGCAACCGUUCAAGAAAGCCUGUGGAAAUGCCCACAUCCAGCAGUACGGCUAAUAAUAAUGCCACUGCUCGUUUCAGCGGUGGUGCUUACGGUGCUGGUGCUAUUGGAUGUGGCGCCGUCCAAGCCAGUUCUGCGAUGACUACGUCACCCUUACCGGCGGUGGCAAACGGUCUCAACAAUUUUUGCUUUUCAAGGCCUUCUCCUCCCAUUGAUCUUCUCCAGCUAAGUCAUAGUUCCUCAGAGUCCAGAAAUGAACACAAGGGUCUUUUUGAAGCCCAAACCGAUGCCGAUAAUAGAUCUGAUGUUCACAUUUUGAGACAUUUUUUUGAUGAUUGGCCAAGAACACUACAGGACCCUGACAACAGUGGAGCAAAUGCAAGCCCGCUGAACACCGCGAGCCUGCCAGAGAGUUUGUCGUCGGAUGUGUCAUUGAAGCUGGCUACAGGGAAAGGUGACCAACUAGGUACCUUGGCUGGCGGCAGGGAUCAUCAGCUGCAGCCACCAUUGAACUGGAUCAUGGAUGGAUGGACAGCAGCACCAAACCGGGUGGCUUCCAUGGGAGGACCUCUCGCGGAGGCUUUACGGUCCUCGUCGACGACUAGUACAUCACCCACUAGUGUACUGCAUCAGUUAACGAGGGGUUCUACAUCUGAAAUUAGCUAUAUCAGCACUUGAAUUUAGUAUCUGUUAAUGUUAUUUUUGCUUUCAACUGUUGUAGACAAGCCAAACAAAUUCCUAAGUAAGUUGCUUGCUGUUUUC